CAGUUCCAGCCGCCAGACUGUGUGGAGUCAACUUAGAUAGCGAGAGUCAUUCGGCCUUUGCAGUCGUGCUGAUGCUACUCGGUCAGUAACAACGUAAAUCCCGAGUAUACACAAUGCGGAUGUGACUGCAAAGCCGCGCAGGAUCAUCUCUGUAUAUCCCCCAUCAAAUAGAUUUCUUCCGUUUUAAUUGUUUCGCCAUUUUGACACAACUCGUUCACCCUUGACAAAUGAACAUUGAGGCCAACAGAAGCGCAAGAGGCGAGAGGAAAGAGUCGCGGAUUGGCAAUGGCGAUAGCGUCGUUCCAAUCCUGUGCACAAUAAGAGGCGACAGGAAAGAGUCCCGUGUGGGUAAUGGAGGAUGCAACAUCUUGGAUAAGAUCCCGCCAGUCCUCAAUGCGAAAAGAAGUGACAGGAAGGAAUCCCGGACGCUGAAUGGCGCGACGCAUAUCGCGGACAACAUCUCUCCGGGCGACAGCUCUCGUCUGAUGUUGGGAAUUCGCGAGAGAGCCGCUUCGCGUCAGAUCCAGCACAUGGCCUUGGUCACAGCCAACGGAAGUAAACCCAUCACAGAGUCCAUCGCCGUCGCACUGAGACGAAUCGUUUUCGGUGAGUGUCCGGCGCCAAUCAAGACCGAAUAUUUCAUGAGAGGGCCAGGACUAGUUUUUCGGGAAGCGGAGCGGGAUCUUGGUUACGCUUUGAGGGUGAGUCACGCAGCUGGACUGCCGAUCACCAAUUCCUUAAUGAUGGCCAUACAAACACAUAUCUUGCGUAUUCUGUUAUUUGAUGUCAGACCAGUCAGGGUAUACCAACCCGAUCCUCUGAAACCGUCUUUCUCAAUGCAACAAGAAGCACUCUGUACGGCAAUCACCGAUAUCAUUUGGAAAGCGGGCGGGAGCCAAUACGGAGUACUUUGCUUGCCACAUCCUACUCACACUCACGUCGAAGAAUCUGAUCUUUUCAACGCAGAUGGUGUAACAGAAAAACUAAAUCUACUUGAGUGCCACAACCGAGAAGAACUUCAAUAUUUUGUUAGACGCAAUCUGUUCUUGUUUCAACAAGACCCCGGACCCGCUUUGAUACUACUAAUUUACAGUGCCGUCCUGUCAAGAAGAAUAGAAAUGAUCGCAGAAGAUAUGGGGGCGCGCUGGAUAAGCGCGACGAAUUCCUUUCACACAAGUCUUGUGAAUUAUUCCGGCGACAUUAGUUUUAGCGUGAUUAACCUGUUCUUGGGAGGCAGAGCUUCUCCGUACCUGUACAAUGGAACGCAUUACCAUGAAGAUAAAGACAACGCUAUGAUCGCCGAGCCUGGAAUUCAUUUGCGAUCGCCCAUCGGACUACUGAUUUGGAUGCGCAACGAAGAGAAAACAGCCUCGUACAAAUUAGGCUCACGAUUAAAAACACCAAUCUACCCCAUUUGGCUGAUCGUCGCUUCGGAGCAGAGUAGGGUGCUAUUUAGCGACGAUCGAGAUCUACUUCGAGACUACCGUUCAGAAAUAAGGUUCCAGUUACACUAUUACACAAGUACGCAAAACCAAUUGACUCCUGCUGUGCUUCUUAUCCGAACGAGGAUGCUACUCGAGGUACCGGAAGAAGAAGUCUCACUUCCCAUGUUAGACAAAGUGAUCAGAACCAAGUGGAGUGGAGCGCGUGUUACUUGGAAUGGCCUAACGCCCUUUUUUUAAAACAAUAAAGAUGCAUAUAUUAUUCUUAUAGACUUUUGUAUGACGCCAUUAAAUCACCAAAGAAAAAUAUUUAUGAAAGUCGCUCCAGAAAAUACACGCGCCAUCGUGGUAGCAUUUUAAUCGGGA